GCCGGCCAGAAAGUAAAAAUCCUCACGUUCUCCCCUUCCGCUCUCUGCUUGCCAAACCUCACUAGUUUCCAAACCCAAAGACGAAACUUGCCCCACUGUCCUUUUUUCUCUUAUUUUGGGUUUCAACAUUAGUUACUCACACUGUUUCUCUUCCCAGCUCAUUGCGGUUUACAUUGUUUCCCCCAUACGUUCUUCUUCUUCGUCUCCUUCCUCACUUGACUGAUUGAAUCGAAGAGGCAGAGUUGAAGUAACAGUCUCCAAUGGAGUCUCUCCUCCUCCGUCCAUCUUUCUUUCAACCCUCAUCAUUUCAGCCAUCUGGUGGAAGGAGUUGGAGGAACGACACUCUCAACAAAGCAGGCUCUUCCAGAAGUUCCACCUCCACAGCACGGGCCAAAGUAGAAGGUUGUAGUUUGUUGAGGUUUCAGCGAGGACGCAGCAGGCAUCGAGUGAAAGCUAUCAAGGAAAGAUCUUUCAGUCAACCGAGAAGUCAUACCAAGUCAUUAUAUGUCAAUGCCACCUCUGGUUCACAGCCACUGGAAUCCGAGCCUGGAGCUUAUGGUGGCUCCAAGGGUGUUUUAGAUUCAGUUAAGAAUGCAGUUGAUGCUUUCUACAGAUUCUCACGGCCUCACACAGUUGUUGGGACGGCUUUGAGCAUUGUCUCGGUUUCCUUACUCUCGGUUGAGAAGCUUGCUGAUAUAUCUCCACUAUUUUUCACUGGGAUGCUGGAGGCAGUAGCUGCUGCUCUCAUGAUGAACAUUUAUAUCGUCGGCCUAAAUCAGCUGACUGACAUCGAGAUAGACAAGGUCAACAAACCAUACCUUCCAUUGGCAUCGGGGGAGUUUUCUGUGGGCACUGGUGUCUUGAUCGUUACAUCUUUCUCCAUCAUGAGUUUUUGGCUUGGAUGGGUUAUUAAGUCAUGGCCAUUGUUCUGGGCUCUUUCCAUCAGUUUUGUCCUUGGCACAGCCUAUUCAAUCAAUCUGCCAUUACUGAGAUGGAAGAGGUUUGCAUUUGUUGCAGCAUUGUGCAUACUGGCUGUUCGUGCGGUGAUUGUUCAAAUUUGCUUUUAUCUGCAUAUGCAGAUGCACGUGUUCGGAAGAAGUGCCAUCUUUUCAAGACCAUUAAUUUUCGCGACUGCAUUCAUGAGCUUCUUCUCCGUCGUUAUAGCAUUGUUCAAGGAUAUACCCGAUAUGGAGGGAGAUAAGAUAUUCGGCAUUAGAUCUUUCACAGUGCAAUUGGGCCAAAAACGGGUGUUCUGGACAUGCAUUGCCCUACUCGAAAUUGCUUAUGGCAUCGCGAUGUUCAUUGGAGCAGCAUCGCCCUACAUGUGGAGCAAAGGCAUUACGGUGAUCGGCCAUGCCAUGUUAGCCUUAUUACUGUGGAACCGGGCAAAAUCUGUCGAUCUGACCAGCAAAACAGCAAUAGCUUCCUGCUACAUGUUUGUAUGCUGAACUGUUUCACUUUUGAUUUCAAUUCCUGUUUGCAGCUGUUUUAUGCUGAAUAUUUGCUCAUACCCCUCGUAAGAUAGUAGUUAAGAUGGCGAAUGAUCGGAACGAGAAGCUGGCAUCAAGUGAUUUGGCUGCUUUGAAGCUUCUUCUGGUGUAGGGCAAUUGAGUAGAAGCACUUUUAUAACUAUCUGGAACGAAGAUCGCCAUUCCCACGACGAUGCUUGGGCGACAAUAGGAUUUAGAAUGGUUACUGGGUAACUUGGGCAUGUAGAUCCCCCAUUCUUGACCUCUGGUUCAAACUUUAAACAUACUGGUUGGUUUGACAGUAAGUUAGUUAAGUGCUAUUGAUUCUCAUUCUGCAUGACUUAAUUCUAUCAAGGGUAAAGUCUCUUACUUU